AUGUCGGUCGAUGUUAACUGGGAAACAUUGACCUCUGGCCCGGAUGGUCUGAUUUUAGCUGAAAAGAUUCGCGACUUCGUCCAUGAAAAGUUCCAGGCCAUCAGCCUCCCACACUUUAUCAAAUCGGUCGGCGUGCAGACUUUUGAGCUUGGCACCGUUGCCCCGGAAAUCGAAAUCAAAGAUAUCUGCGACCCUUUUCAUGAUUUCUACGAAGGUGUCGAAGACGACGAAACGCCCACAUCCGAGGAAGAUGACGACCGUGAAGCCGUUCUACCCAAUCGCAUGGAUCCAGCAGAGGCUCUUCGUGAAGAAAAAAUAAUUGAUGAUAAUUUGAAGAGAAAAAACCUCCAGUUAGCUUCCGGCGAUCAACGAUCACUAGCUGGUUUUAGAUUGCGCCAGGAUCUCGGAGAGGUUAAAGGGAGGUUAUCGAGCACCAGUCCCGCGGGUAUUUCGGGCGGGACGUCAAAUCUAAAUUACUUUCAUUCCCAAUUGGCAAGCGGCAUAUCCGGGACUCGAACCCCCCUCGCCGCAGUUGCUGGAGCGCAUCACUUACCAUCUCGUUGGCUCGGCGAACCCCCCCAAGAAGCGAGUAACCUAAAACACCACGAGUUAAUCAGCGACAGUUCCAGAUCUUCACCGCUACAUAGAAGCCCCGAUCUUCGAGGUAAAUACGAAAUGUCUACCUCAACGCAGGCAGGUAUUGUGUCAUCCCAAAUUCAUCGGGAAUCCGAGCAAAAGACACUUGAUGAAGAACUGCUACUGUCAGUACAGCCUGGCUAUUGCGAGCCGAGAGUCGAGGAUGUCCAAACGAUAUUCCGCGUUCGCUAUGCUGGCGACAUAAAACUUUCUUUCACAGCUGAGCUACUUUUAGAUUACCCCAUGCCUAGCUUUUUUGGUAUACCUAUCAAGCUCAAGAUAACCGGGCUAACUUUUGAUGGCAUUGCCGUGCUUGCAUCCAUUCGAAAUAAAGCACACUUCUGCUUCUUAUCGCCCGAGGAUGCGCUUUCCACGUUAGGAACCGAGCCCACCGAUAGAUCUCAAGGCAAGCAUUCAAGAAUGGAUAGUUUAUUACAAGAGAUCAAGGUCGAAAGUGAGAUUGGUAAGAGAGAAAAUGGGAAACAGGUCCUCAAAAAUGUAGGAAAAGUUGAAAAAUUUGUCCUUGAACAGGUGAGACGUAUAUUCGAAGACGAGCUUGUCUAUCCAAGUUUCUGGACCUUUCUAAUAUAA